CAGAUAAUGAGAAACUGAAGGAUCUUAUGAAGUCAAAGAUUGGAACAGCUCCUCCAGCACCCACCAAGGAAAUGUAUGAUGUGGUAAUUGAGAGUGAUGUGCCGAUGAUGAUAAGGAUAUCAAUGACGUUUUCAAAUCUUAGUAACACGCCCCUGUUAAAGAGUAGCUUUGCAGAUGAUAUUGCAGGAACCAUAAAGAAACUAAAUGGUGGGAAGAGGAAUGAUGAACUCUCAAAAAUGGUUAUGGGACCAUUAUCAGAUAACGUCAAAGUAAAAGUCGGCUCCCUAAUUGAGAUUUAUAGGUUAUCAGGAUAUGUUCUCCAAACAAAAGUUAUGGGUGAGCUGGUAAGCAAGGUUGACAGUGAACUUCUCUGCAAGACAAUGAUCUAUUUCUAUCUUGGACAUGAUGGCCUUGAUAAGGAAGCCAGGGAGAAAUUUGGGAUGUUUCUGCUUUCUCUCUUCUAGGUCGAUCCCUUGCUGAAGGCAUCUCAUAGAGAUUUAAGGAAUAAGGUUUAAAUAUGCUCCAGAGUAGCUCAAUAAUAUAAGAAUAUAAUAAGAAUAUAACAGCUUUGCGCUU